AUGUCUGAAAGUCGGAACAAGAAAAAGAUUAAGAUCAUGUUCAUCGAUCAAGUUCAAUUCGAACAUACUUAUUAUACUCUCUGGCCCUUCUGGGUAGACACACAUGUGACACCUCCCUUCAAAAAGGACAAAAACGGGAAGGUUGUUGAUCGCUGGAAUAAGAAGGUUAAGCCUUAUAAAGAGGCAUCUGAGAUUUUACAGGAGCUUCAUGCAGAAGGCUAUGUCAUAGCCGUUGCGUCAAGGACUGGAGAAAUAAAUGGAGCUAAUCAGCUUCUGAACCUAUAUGACUGGGAUAAAUACAUUACCUAUAAGGAGAUAUACCCUGGCAGCAAGAUUAAUCAUUUUGAAAGAAUUAAAGCAAAAUCAAGAAUAGAGUUCAGCGAUAUGCUCUUCUUUGAUGAUGAAGCCAGGAACAAAAGGGAUUUGGAUACCCUUGGUGUGCUUAUGAUCUUGAUUGAGGAUGGUGUCACCAGGAAUGUGAUCAGAGAAGGACUAGAGGAGUUUGCCCGACUGAGGCAGGACCCAGUCUGAAUCAGCUAAUCACAGCAGCAAUAUCUGAUGCAGUGAUUAUACUAAAUAUGCA